CAUCACUCCUUUUUGCUCAAAACCCUAAUCCUGGUGAGAGUGACAAAAGACGAUGAAAGAUCGGAUAUAUAUUCUACAAACCCUAGACAUUGAAACGAGACCAAUAUACAAGUAGGCUUUUCCUAUUGGGCUUUUAAGGCCCAUAUUAUAUUCUCCCGAAAUAAGUUUAACCCAGUUACCUCAACCUCAAGUCCACCGUAUCUUAAGUAAACUCUCAUUCUUCAUUUCUAAAGUUCCGGCUUAAACCCCGACGAUGUCUCUUCUCCGGCGAUUCGUUAAAAAGGCAAACGAUUACAGAUUCCUCCUUCAAUCGAACUCUGGACGUUCAUUCUCUACCGUAAAUCCCAAUCCAUUUGCUUCACCUGGUCGUCGCACUACCGCCGAAUUCGAUAACCUCAUCUACGAAGCCGGGAACUCCGGCGACUUCGAAGCGGUACGCCGUCUGCUCAACACCCGCGUCGUAAACGCUUGUUUCAACACAAGCGCAACAUUCAAAUUCCUAACAAACACCGACUCUUACGCCCCCUCCUUAGAAGAUCUCCGCCGUAUUUUGCCUCAGACCGACGCCGGCUACACGCGUAAACAUGCUUACGAAACUCUCAUCGCGCGCCUCUGCAAACUGAACCGGAUCGACGAUGCUCUGAUCCUGAUUAACGAUAUGGCGAUCGGAAAAUUCGAACUCUCAACCUCCACAUUUCAUCCGAUAUUAAACACGCUCACGAAGAAGAACAAGAUCGAGAAAGCUUGGCGCGUGGUGGAAUUGAUGAGAUCUCAAGAGCUUUCGAUGGACGUGACGUCAUACAAUUACUUUUUAACUUCGCAUUGUUACGACGGCGACGUGGCGGAGGCGAGCAAGGUGUUGAGGAAGAUGGAGGAAGAAGAGGGAAGGGUUAUGUCACCGGACACGCGUACUUACGACGCGCUUGUGUUAGGCGCGUGUAAAUCGGGGAAGGUGGAAGCGGCAAUGGCGAUACUGAGGAGGAUGGAUGAACAGGGGUUGCCGGUACUGUACGCCACGCAUGCGCACGUUAUUGGAGUGAUGGUGGAGAGUGGCUAUUAUACGCUGAGCGUUGAGUUUGUGAUGGCGUACGCCGGGAAAGAUAAGAGAUUGGAUGAAGAGAACUUGGGGAGUUUGGCUAGCAAGCUUAUCAAGAGGAAGAGGUUUAAUGAAGCUAAGUUGGUUUUGAAGGAGAUGAGUGUUAGAGGAUUGAGGAUGGGUGAUGCUUUACGUGGUUUUUAUGAGACCAAUGUGAUAAAGUCCUGAUUUUGAUUCUAUUAGAAGAUGAUCACCAUUUUUACAGAGAGCAAAACUCGAGUGAUACAGAAAAAAAUUGAACUUCUUACAGAAGGUAAAUGUAAUAAAGAGAGUGUAAGUGUAGCUGUGUAGAAAUGAGCUUUUUGCAAAAUAUCUCAUCCGGAAG